AUGAAAUAUCCACAGCCACUUACCAUUAAUUUUAGCCAAUGGUCGGCUGACGUUCAGUUGAACCUUCACCAUGACAACAUUACCGGUGUUAUUUUACACCAAUAUUUGAAUCAUAUAAUGAACCUGUUUCAUUAUAUAAUUCUGUUAACACUCAACAAUAAGCCAUGCACAAGUUUUCUGGACUUCCCGAGCGAUAACAUUCGUAGAUUACCAGCACUGAAUAUUAUCGGUGGUUAUCCAAGUUUUUUUGGAGCGAUUUACGUAUAUGAUGAGAAUAGCAAUCAAGUUCUGAACCAUUUUGACCCAAAGUUGAGCCGAUUUAUGCCGCUUUCAACAGUUUUACAUUCUGUUGAUAGAAGUAUUGAUUGUUCGAAUCUAACUUCUAUCAAUUCUGAAUGUGAAGUGAUAUGCCCAAAGAAUGAUCCAAACUGUACGAUGGAGCAGCAAGUUGGUGACGAUAGAGACUUAUUGAAGGCAGAAACUAUGUUUGAAAAGGGAAGUAUUAGGGGCUAUGUUUACGGCGAUGAAGUACGCACAAAUGGUCAACUAUCAAUCUUAAGACCAGACGCCAACGGACUUUGCAUACAUUUGUAUAAGCAACCAAUGAAGUACAAAGUAAAUUAUACAACUAGCUGUCGAUGGCAUUUCCGUAUAGAAAAGGAUUGUGAUGUCAAUGACCUGAUAAAAUUUUUUUCGAAUCAGAUGAAUAGUACCGAAAUAUGUGAUCAAACCGGAAAUCAUUGCAUCGUGCCAAUCUUUAGAAAUAGGAAUACUGUAUCAAGUGAUCAGAAGUGUGAUAAUUACUCUGUAAUGAGUAUUCGUUUAGCUACCCAACAAGGAUCGAUUCUGGGAAUGUUGGUCGAUUUUCUACCGUCUUUGAAUAAGUGUCGCGAAAGCUACUGUAUUUUGACGAUAAAAAUAUCGUUCCAUGAAGUUCCGCAACGAUUCCUGGACAAAAUGAAAACGUCAAGAUAUGAGAAUAGCGAAGGUCGCUUCCGUUGUCCAUCUGAAGUUACAUGUCCAGCAGAAUUAUUUUAUUUCUUGAAUACGUUUGGUCUUGGAGAAUUUUCAACGCAAUUUUUUGUGAUAAUACCUCUUCUUGCUUUAUUUUUGUUGCAUGUAUCAUAG